ACCUCCAGUGUACCAGUUCUCUGAUAAGGCACAUUCUAAAACCUUCCUCUCCACCUUGGUUUCAAAAGUCAAACACAUGAAUAACAAAUGGGAAAGAUAUUUGGAAAGAACAUUCCCACGCUUCCAUCAGCUAUAUUCAACUUUUAAAAAAGGGGCCCGGAUAUUCAUUUCAGAAGCGAGAGAAAUAAGAAAAAUACAAGCAAACAUGUCACAUAAAAAUAUUCAGUUUCAUCAGCUUCCAUACAGGGAGAUGGAGAGACUAAGACAAUUUCGCAGAGACCUGAUCAAGGCAAUUCCGGUUGGGAUUCUUGCUCUUCCACCAUUUGCCAACUAUUUGGUUCUUUUACUCAUGUAUUUUUUCCCAAGGCAACUCUUGAUACGGCACUUUUGGACUCCCAAACAGCAAGCUGAAUUCCUGGACACCUACCACAACAUGAGGAGGGAGGCAUACCCUGAAGUGCUUGAUGGGCUGAGGAGUCUUUCCCAUUGCAUCGCUGAUCCACAGCUUCGCAAACAGAUGCUAGAUCUCUGCAAAAAGGUCCAGGACGGAUGCCACCCCAAUGUAAGAGAACUUAAAGCUGUGAGGACCUUAUUUGUGGGGCAUCCCUUUGGCAUUCAGCAGCUGAGGGUGCAGCAAGUGAAAGUUCUCAGCCGAGUUUUGUUCCUGACCCCUCGAUUGCCAUCCUUCUUCUUAAGAUAUCGCUUGCGGACCCACGUGAAAGAGGUUCACCAACUGGACCGAGCCAUGCUUAAACUGGGGGUCAGACAGCUGACAGAUGAAGAAGCACAAGUGGCUUGCUAUGUUCGUGGCUUGAAUUCGGUUCACGUUAGCCCAUCAGCAUGCAAGAUGUGGUUGGACCAAUGGCUAGCACUCUCCUGUUCACUGGAAGAUUCCGAGGCGUCACUCUUAGCCCAUGGCAUGGUCUUACUGUCUACCAACUUUGCCCCUUCCUCCAAGAGCUGACGGAUGCCAGGUAGCUUCCCUUGGACAACUACUGAAAAAAAUGCUGCACCACUGCUCUUGGGUGAACCAGAAUUGGAAAUGGGAUGUUUGCUUACGCUGGCAAAAGGACCGGAGUCUAGAAGACAAGGUUUCUCCAACAAUUACUAUCCUUGAAGGAAAAGAUAAGAGGAACCAGUACAUGAAAACUAAAAGUCUUCCUACUACACUGCAGACACACUAGAGAACUGCCAGAGUAUCACUGAACAAUAGCCCACAAGGUUUCUAUUUAAGUCUGGCUCUGCAAGUACCUUGUAGGCCCCACAGCAAGAGAGGGCAGCUGAACGAGGUGCUGGCUACUGCCAGGGGGGAGUGACUUCUUCAUACUACAUUGAAUCCCCGCCAGCCAGCAACACUUCAGGAGGUAACGAGUAUUGAACAGUUAAGCUCUCUAUGGCUUUUGCUGCAGUUAUCUAAUAGACCUUCCCUCUUAAGUGUUAAGGGAUAAUGUUACUUUCAAAAGGCUGGGGGAAUAGUACUGUGACCCUUUUCUAGAAGAGCAGGAACCAAUUGCUUCAGAGCAGCACCUCUGUAUUUCAAAUCUUGCUGGUGUUUGAAGCAUGCUCUUGUUCUGAAAAGAAGCACCAUCCCUUUCCAGGUGGCAUCAUGAAGUAUGUUUGAAAAGGAGGCGCAGAAUGGAUGGGCAUAUUACUUGCCAUAUUUAUACAGAGUGACUUGAGAGAAUUUACACAUCUCCACUAUAAAUUGACACAGGCAUUUUUAUUAUACUUCAAAGUAGUGGUCGCUAGGGAGGUCUCAGGAGCCCUUCAACUAGGAGGGAGGGAAGUCUACACCAAAACCUGUUAACUGGCAAGGGAAUACAUUAAGGGAAACACACCCACCUUGGGUCAUCUAGUGUUUGAAUUCAUUCUCAGGAUGUAGGAAAAUGACAUGGAGUGAAUGGUCAAUGUCUAAUUGAACUGUAUAGAAUAUGUGAGUAUUCCAUUAAAGGUGGAUAAAACACAAA